GGGUUUUGCCAGCAGCCCGUGCGCUCAGAGAUCGGGCUCCUGUGACGCAGCCUGGGACAGAGGCUUUGCCGUGCUGAGCCCUCAGGGCGCCAGCAACUGCUCAGGCUCCCGCUGGAUGUGACGAGUCUCUUAGAGUUACCGGGAACAAUGGACAAGCUCAAUAAAAUCACUGUCCCUGCCAGUCAGAAGUUGAGGCAGCUUCAAAAGAUGGUCCAUGACAUCAAGAACAAUGAAGGUGGAAUAAUGAACAAAAUUAAGAAGCUGAAAGUCAGAGCGCCUCCCAGUGUUCCUCGAAGGGACUACGCUUCAGAGAGCCCUGCUGACGAAGAGGAGCAGUGGUCAGACGACUUUGACAGCGACUAUGAGAACCCGGACGAGCACUCGGACUCAGAGAUGUACGUGAUGCCCGCUGAGGAGAAUGGAGACGACAGCUAUGAGCCACCGCCGGCUGAGCAGGACACCAGGACCGUUCACCCAGCCCUGCCCUUCACCAGGGGCGAGUACGUAGACAACCGAUCAAGCCAGAGGCAAUCCCCACCCCUCAGCAAGACGCUCCCAAGUAAGCCCAACUGGCCUUUGGCGAAAGCGAGACUAGCCUCCACCUUGCCGGCCCUGACCACUCUACAGAAGCCACAGGUCCCUCCCAAGCCCAGAGAACUUGAGGAUGAGGCUGAUUAUGUGAUUCCUCUUGAAGACAAUGAUGAAAACUACAUUCAUCCCACAGAUAGCAGUUCACCUCCAUUGGAGAAAGCUCCCAUGGUGAACAGAUCAACCAAGCCCAACAGCUCCUCAAAGCCAUCCUCCUCUCCUCCAGGAACAGCUCCAGGUCGGAACAGCGGGGUCUGGGAGUGCAAGCCGCCUCCAUCCCCUGCCGCACCAUCCCCACUGCCGAGGGCAGGGAAAAAACCAGCUACACCACUGAAGACUACUCCAGUUGCCUUGCAACAGAACCCAUCAAGUGUUUGUGAAGAAAAACCUGUGCCUGCUGAACGUCACCGAGGGUCCAGUCACAGACAAGAAGCUGCACUGUCACCUGUGUUUCCUCCUAGCCAGAAACAAGUCCAUCAAAAACCCAUUCCUUUACCAAGAUUUUCAGAAGGGGGAAGCCCAACUGUGGAUGGUCCAUCACCCAGCUUUUCACCUAAGUCUUCAGUUUCAGAACAGGAAGCUGAUGUGCACUGCAAACCAUGGUAUGCUGGGGCCUGUGAUCGAAAGUCAGCUGAGGAGGCACUGCACAGAUCAAACAAGGAUGGAUCAUUUCUUAUUCGGAAAAGCUCUGGCCAUGAUUCUAAGCAGCCAUACACACUAGUUGUAUUCUUUAAUAAACGAGUAUAUAAUAUUCCUGUGAGAUAUAUUGAAGCAACGAAACAGUAUGCUUUGGGCAGAAAGAAAAAUGGUGAAGAGUACUUCGAAAGUGUGGCUGAAAUCAUCAAGAACCAUCAGCACAAUCCCCUGGUUCUUAUUGACAGUCAGAACAACACAAAAGAUUCCACAAGACUGAAAUACGCAGUUAAGAUCUCAUAAAGGAAAGAAGGUUGAUAUUGUGGCUUCAGACAUUUCCCCCAACUUUCUCCUUUUGAGAAAAGAGUCCCAAAACUUCCUAUGUUGGACUGUGAAUCACGAGUAAUAAAGUCAAAGUUGGAACCAGCUAUUGAGGAGGUCAUCCACUUCUUUAGAAGAAACUCACAUGGACUUGUUCUACCUAUCACUGGCCUGAUGGACUGUUAAAUAUCUGGUGAGGUUGACUGAUGCUGUUAGUAUUUUUCAAAUAAAUGCCUUUAUUUAAAAUAAAUAGGUGUAAAGUGCUUACAGUCAUGUAAGAAAAUAACACUGUAUUUUCAAAAUAACUAAAUGUCCUUGGCUAAGAAAAAACAGCCAAAAAUUUAGGACUCCAAGGCAGCCACUGGUGCAUGAAUGUGGUUGCCCUGUCUACUGUCAAUGCCUGAUGUCUUAAGUAAAAUUUUAAUGUGUAGAAAUAAACUAUUCAUGUACGGUAA